CUUUGCUGCCCUCAGCUCAGAGUGCGGGUGAGUGCGCGAGCUCGGAAGGAGAUUGACACGCGGCAUGAACCUGGAGGCGGGCAGCCGGGGCGCAGAGUUCGGCAUGAACGCGGUGAGCUGCGGCAACGGGAAACUCCGCCAGUGGCUGAUCGACCAGAUCGACAGCGGCAAGUACCCCGGGCUGGUGUGGGAGAACGAGGAGAAGAGCGUCUUCCGCAUCCCGUGGAAGCACGCGGGCAAGCAGGACUACAACCGCGAAGAGGACGCCGCCCUCUUCAAGGCCUGGGCGCUAUUUAAAGGAAAAUUCCGGGAAGGUAUUGACAAGCCAGAUCCUCCUACUUGGAAGACAAGAUUACGAUGUGCUCUGAACAAGAGCAAUGACUUUGAGGAAUUGGUAGAGAGGAGCCAGCUGGAUAUUUCCGACCCGUACAAGGUGUACAGGAUUGUUCCUGAAGGAGCCAAAAAAGGAGCGAAACAGCUCACUUUGGAAGACACACAGAUGGCCAUGGGCCACCCAUACCCCAUGACAGCGCCUUAUGGCUCACUGCCAGCCCAGGUUCAUAAUUACAUGAUGCCACCUCAUGACAGAACCUGGAGGGAUUAUGCUCCUGAUCAGCCACACCCAGAAAUCCCGUAUCAGUGUCCCGUAACGUUCGGUCCCCGCAGCCACCACUGGCAAGGUCCAUCUUGUGAAAAUGGUUGCCAGGUGACAGGAACCUUUUAUGCUUGUGCCCCACCUGAGUCCCAGGCUCCUGGAAUCCCCAUAGAGCCAAGCAUAAGGUCUGCUGAAGCCUUGGCGCUCUCAGACUGCCGGCUGCAUAUCUGCCUCUAUUACCGGGAUAUCCUAGUGAAGGAGCUGACCACAUCCAGCCCCGAAGGCUGUCGGAUCUCCCACGGACAUACCUAUGAUGCCAGCAACCUGGAUCAGGUCCUGUUCCCCUACCCAGAGGACAGUGGGCAGAGGAAGAACAUCGAAAAGUUGUUGAGCCACCUGGAGAGGGGACUGGUCCUCUGGAUGGCCCCAGAUGGGCUCUAUGCCAAAAGACUCUGCCAGAGCAGGAUCUACUGGGAUGGGCCCCUGGCAUUGUGCAGCGAUCGGCCCAACAAACUAGAAAGAGACCAGACUUGCAAGCUCUUUGACACGCAGCAGUUCCUAUCAGAGCUACAAGUGUUUGCUCACCACGGCCGGCCAGCACCGAGAUUCCAGGUGACCCUGUGCUUCGGAGAGGAGUUUCCAGACCCCCAGAGGCAGAGGAAGCUCAUCACGGCUCAUGUGGAACCUCUGCUAGCCAGACAACUGUUUUAUUUUGCUCAACAAAACAGUGGACAUUUCCUAAGGGGCUAUGAUCUCUCUGAACACAUCAGUGCUCCAGACUACCACCGAUCCCUUCGUCAUUCUUCCAUUCAAGAGUGAACCAGCCACACCAAGGAUUUUGCUUCAUUGUAUAUACUCGGACAUGGCAGCUGAUUGACGCCCCCUUUUUUUCGGAAGAGCUACGAAGUGGGUUCACAGUUGAAGACACCAACAGCAGGGAUCUGUGAUGUGAAACAGCUCUACCUGCUCAAGAGAGGCGCUUGUCCCAGAAGAGUGACUCCCAUCCAGGUCUUGACAAGUGCUGGUAUUUUGGUGACCGUGCCCUGGCUUCUAACUGUGAAACCUGAUCUGAUCAGUGAUGUGUUUACAUGUACUUAAAUGCCAGCUUGAGCCUGGUGGAGGCCGGCUUUUGCUUGAAGAUGGAAA